AUGGCCGUUGUAGCGCCCAAAAGCUCCGCCAUGCUGUCAGCAAGCACAAAGGCACCUCCAGUUCAGCCACCAGGUGCUCUCAAAGCCCCAGUUCAGGUGGCACCUAAAGCGUCACAGCUGGCACCACAGCCGGCAGCAGUGCGCAUAAAGGCGCUUGACGCGGCCAUCGAAGCAGACCCAUUCGACUUAAAUAGCUGGGAUGCGAGAUUGCGUGAGGCAAUCCAGGAAGGUAAGGCGGAGCCGAUCUUCGAACGUGCUGUGGCGCAGCUGCCGUAUGCUGCCCGCAUAUGGGCAGCUUAUGCCGAAUGGUCCGAGAUGCAGGACUCUGCGGCUGCGUUGGGAGUUUACAGCCGCUGCCUGCAGCAAGUGCCGAACAUGGACCUGUGGCUGUCCUUCCUCAAUUUCUCGAAACGGCAUCAGACUUUGGAGGAGGUGCUGAGGUCCUAUGGCCGAGCUCUGGACGUGCUCGGCAGCGACUGGCGGGCAGCACCAAUCUGGUCUGACUACCUCGCUCUGCUAAAGCAUGCCUACAACGUCCAGCAAAAGAGAGAGAACCCCGAUGCGGAGCUGCAGGGGAAGCUUCUGGCUGAAGACCCCAACCCAAUUGACAGUGCUCGGCGGACGCUGAAGCCGGCAUUGAAGCAAAAGCAGGAGGAAGCUGGGCGGGCAUGUGCGGAUAUAUCGGAUGCCGAGUUUCUCCGCGUGUCAGAGAUUCUGAAGAUUGAUACGGAGUUCCUCCGAAGCGUUUUCCAGCGUUGCGCGGGGGCCUCGCAUAGCACCAUGGACAAGCUUUGGGUGGGCUACGAGCAGUUCGAAAAGUCUCAGGGCAACCCCGCCUUAGCGGCAAAGCUGAUGUCCGAGCACAUGCCGCGGUAUGUUCGUGGCAAAGCGGCAUACAAGGAGCUUUCUCAGUUGGCCUCCAACAUAGAUCACUAUGCAGUUGCCGUGCCGCUGACGCCCAAGAAUGUUGCGGAGCAGGGCAAAAUGUUUGAGAAGUGGCGUGCUGUGCUACGCUUCGAGCGGACGAACCCACUCCAGCUUGGCGUCGAGGAGCUGACGGCGCGGGUUGCGCUAGUCUACCAGCAGGCGUCGCUGGCAUGCGGCUUCUUUCCGGAUCUGUGGUUCGACUUCUCUGCAUGGUUAGAUUUAGGUGGCAAACAAGAGCAGGCCACGGACGUCUUGCGCAAAGCAGUCGAGCGCUUCCUGCCGAAGGAUCUCACGCUGCGAUUGUUGCUGGCGCAACGCUUCGAGCUGGGCGAGUCACCACUGACGGCCAGCAAGCUGGAAGCUGCAGACGAUGAGUACAAGAAGUUGAUGGAGGACAUGCCGAAGCCGUGCCCUCUGGCCCUAAUCAACUUUCUUGCCUAUGUCAGAAGACAGCGAGGGGCCAAUGAUUUCCGGGAUUCAUUCUUGGAGGUUACAGAGGCAUCACCGCACUGCAGCUGGGAGGUGUAUGUGUUUGCGGCAAUGACCGAGUAUCAUGUCUAUGGCUCCGUCGAGGCUGCAGCUGCUGUCUUCCGCUUGGGCUUGGAGCGCUAUGGCGACCGCGAGCCAGCGCUGCUAGCUGCCUACGUGAACUUCCUUCUCGGCUGCAAUGAUCUGCGCAGUGCGCGCGCUGAGCUGUCACAGGGAGUUCUCGAGCGGCUGCAGCAGGCUGUGCGUGAUCGCCUGGCCAACCGCGAGGAGAGCCUUGGACUUCGAGAAUCCCUGGCCUUCCUGUGGCAGAAGUGGGCCAGGCUGGAAUGCUAUUUUGGCGAUGCCGAGGCAGUCCGACGUGCUACAUCCUUCCGGGAUUCCGAGUAUCGAAACCUUCAGCGAGACUUGGAAGUGGACGCAGAGAACAUAUUGCAGACACCCAUCUCUUUGGGCCUGUCCACAUCAAUCCAAGAGGUGGAAGAAGGCUUUCGCUUCCUCCACUUGCUUCCCAGGUCGACCCGCCCUGAGCCCGCAGUGUGCCCAGAGGAUGCUUUGGCGGUGCAGCUGGAGGAUCAAGCUGUUGCGGACGCGGAGGGUGAUCACCGACGCUUGGGAAAUGCAACUCCAGCCAUUGGACUGUCUUCCCACAUCGCGCGGCCUGACACCUCCAAGAUGUUGACCUUCAGACCGGCAUUGGAUGUCGCUAGCGCUCGAAAGAGGCAGCUCGACGCAGGCCAGGGCGGUCAGGAGCGGGAAGACAAAGCUCAGCUGCCGGUGAUGAUUCCGAAGUGCCUGCAAGACUUGCUCGCCGUGCUUCCUUCGAGGCCACUGAAAGGAGCAAAGCCUGAUGUGGAUUACCUGCUCACAGUUCUGCAGACCGUGUCGAUUCCUCCAGUCCCAGUAAAGGAGCUCGACACCUUCCGCUAUGAUAGCUUGCGCCUCCUGAAAACAGAGGAGGACACUCGCAGGUUUGUCAAAGAUGAGGACGAUGAUGGGAAUGGCUUUUUCAGCUCUCGAUCCACACUUUACCGUGAACGCCUGCAAGCAAAGCGCCAAAAAGUCUUGGUCGAGCAGCACACAAAACCAGAGACCUGA